AACUUAAUUCACUGACAUCAGUUGCUUUUCUGAUUUGUUAAAGGAUGGACCCAGAUUCAGUUAAAUGUGAACCGAAUAGCCCUGUUAGUCAUGGGCGAUGCUCUGUCCAAGUUCUUGAAGAUGGAUUCGUAAGAGAAGUAUUUUCAGAUUACAGUGGUCAUGAUGACUAUGGCUCAGAUCGUUCAUAUCAGGGAGAUAGUGGAGACAAUAUUUCUCCAUGCAGUGCAGACAUUAAACCUGAGUUUAGCUCAAAUGUGAUGAUCUCAGAUCAAGAAAAUCCAGAUGGAUUUAAGAAAGUCUGUUUGGUUUGUGGUGAUGUUGCCUCAGGAUACCAUUAUGGUGUAUCGUCUUGUGAAGCUUGCAAAGCAUUUUUUAAAAGAACUAUUCAAGGUAACAUUGAAUAUUCCUGUCCAGCCAACAGUGACUGUGAAAUAACAAAACGAAGGCGAAAAGCUUGCCAAGCAUGCCGAUUUCAAAAAUGUUUAAGUGUAGGCAUGCUACGAGAAGGUGUUCGAUUAGAUCGCGUUAGAGGUGGUCGACAGAAAUACAAACGGAGUCCUGACUCUCAACCUGGUACCCAAUACCCUAUCCAUCCUCAGACAGUUGUUAAAAAACCUAGCAUUGAACGCUCAGAUAACAAAAUCAUGGAAUCACUACUCGCAAUAGAAGCACAGCUUGAUAAACUAUAUGCAACACCAGAUCCUGAAGUACCUGAAAAUGAGGUGAAGUUUAUGUCCAUUGUAUCAGAUCUAGCUGAUAGAGAAUUAGUCGUUACAAUUAGCUGGGCAAAACAAGUACCUGGUUUUGCCAGUCUCCCACUUGUUGACCAGAUGAAUCUCUUACAACAUUCAUGGCUAGAGAUUCUAUGCCUCAAUCUUGCACAUCGAUCCUGCCCUUACAACCACUUCUUAAAAUUUGCCGAGGACUUCAAAAUCGACCAAGAGCAAGCUGCAAACACAUAUGGUUGCUCACCCAAAAUGGACAACCUUAGUAGAAAAUUGGCCAGCAAAAUAACGAGUCUUGGAGUGACUAAAGAAGAGUAUAUAUUAUUGAAAGCCUUAAUUCUUUGCAAUCCUGAUGUGACUUCUGACAGUAAUGGCUCAGUGAAACAACUUCAAGACAAAUUCCAUGAUACUCUCAUUGAAUAUGUAAAAACAAAGCACACUGGUAACAUGCGUCGGUUGGGUCAUCUCCUUAUGCUUUUACCACACUUAACACAUGUAAAACUGCUGGCAAGACAGUAUUGGUUUGAUGUAAAAAAGGACGGCCGCGUCAUCAUGCACAAGCUGUUUUUAGAGAUGCUGGAAGCUGAUUCUUGAUGUUGCGUAGCUUAUUAAUGUAGCCAAGUUCACCAUGAAUAGUAAUAUACAUAUAUAUAAUAAUAUAUAUAUAUAUAUAUAUAUAUAUAUAUAUAGAUAUAUAUACAAUAUA